GACAGCGCCUUUAAUCACCAAAAGAGCCACGGGAGUUGUUUAAUUUCUUUUCAUUUUCAGCAACGUUUUCAUUUGUUUUCAUUUGCAUUUUUAACAUUGGAAAGCGCACAGGAAAGUGCACAUUUAGCAGCCUAAGAGUUCUUGGAGCUUCGGUUGAGGAUGACAGACAUCGUUCAGGCAAUGGACACAGAGCCAAACUACCCUGCGUGUGCCCUUGAACUGGAGUCAGAUCAGAGUUUUGAUUCUCCAAAGAGCCCACCCCUAGACUUGAUUGACACAGGAAAAUUACUGAAAGUUCAAACAGCCUCCCCUCACCUGGUCAGCCUGGGCAGCGGAAGACUCAGCGUGGCCAUAACUCUACUACCUCUGAAAGAAGGAGUGACAUGCAUAGGCCGUGAUGAUGCCCCUGUACCUCAGGACAUAAUUAUCGAGGGACCUGGCAUUGAAGCAGAACACUGCAAAAUUAAGAACAGACGAGGGAUCAUCACUCUGGACCCCUGUGGAAACCUGUGUUCACUCGAUGGGGUCCCAGUCACCAGGCCAACACAACUCACACAAGGUUACACACUCUGUCUGGGUAAAUCCCAUUCCUUUCGUUUUAACCAUCCUGAGGAGGCAAACCGAAUGAAGAGCAUGUUGCCUCAGAAGAGUCCAGUUUCUCCUCUGGUGUACAGCACAGAUUAUCUGAAGUUCAGCAGUGACUUUAGUCAAUGUCUGGGUGGAACCAACUCUAGAGGCAUGCGCACUGUAUCCGAACUGCGGGAUUUAAUGGACACGUUACAGAAAAAGAAACAGGCAUUAGAGAACAGCUUGCGAGCCAAUGGUGACUCUAGUCCCUCCUACUUUAGCAUGACACGGUCUCCGCCCACCACACAGAGUCUGGUGUCACCUGUCACCUCCUCCUCCCCAACACCAUCCUAUCAGGAACAAGCCAGGCGAUUGUACAGCUCAGAACGGCCGCCACUUUCGAACAAAGUUCCUGCCUAUUUGUCCAACAGUAUGCCUCCCUCAAUGCGCCGUUCUGACCCCCGCGAGCAUGAAACAUUGCUUCCUUACUCGCGACCCAUAUCUCGUAACCAAUCUCAGGAUAGUCUGCUCCUCUCUAUUUCGGAGAGUCGACAUGCUGCGACUUCAGACUCUUCUCUCUGGAAUGGAUCUUCCACCAGUACAGCCGUUUUCCUAGCCCAAUCACCAGGGGGCAGUAGUGGGGCAGCCAGCAUGCCUUCAAGUCCCCGUCUGGCUCGGAGAUACCAUGCUUUAGACACAGGGUAUAAUGGUGAGCUCAAGCCCACUCCCCAACAAAGUAAGUACUCAGAUGAGUUGCUUACUGGCAUGAGCUCGCACAGUCGCUCACACAGUCGCUCACACAGUCGCUCCCUACCACGCCUCUAUCAACCUGCUGACAACAAGUUCAAACUCACAUCAACCUAUCGAUCUCCUGAUAGCCACCCUACUCGCCCGACUGACAUCCUUGAGGCCAACCAACAAAACGAGCACUCUGAAGUGGUCUCCAUUUCCCUUUUCACCAAACCUGGUACCAAGCACAUUAUGACCCCUCCAGAUGUAACCAUGAUCUCAGCAGAUGCCACCAGUCCUCGCCAGGCCAAAAAGGUGAGUCUGACCUCUACCAGCUCCUACUCAGAACUGCAUGAGCAAGCACUACAUGGUUCCUCCCAAGUUCUGGAGAUCGGUCUUGGGGAGAGGAGGCAGUCAUUUGGGAAGUCAGGGCUGGGUCUGCAUGGUGGCUUCAGGGAGAGGAAAGGCAGCAUCAGCUCUAUCAGUGGAAAAGAAGAACUUCAAGACUACCAUCAGAGACAGAGAGACGAAAGACUGCGGGAACAGGAGGUUGAGAGAUUGGAACAUCAGCGUUUGGAGACUAUCUUGAAUUUGUUUUCCAAGCUGGGCCGCACAGAGCAGGACAAAACUGGUUCGGCCGUCGCAGACUUGCAGAAGAUCAACAAGGAACUGGAGAAAUUACAGGUGUCAGAUGGCGAGUCUGCAUUUUCAGAUUCUGCAAGUCUCUCAGCCAGCAUUUCUGCAGAAAAUGACUACGGGUCCAAAGCCCGGAAGUCCCAGGCCAGUAAGGAGAGGCAGGUACGGCAGUGCUGGAGCAAUAGAGAAUUUAGGGAGGAGUCAGCAGCUGUCCUUGGCUCCGCCCCCACGCCUUCUCCUCGGCUGACAGGGACACACAAGCAGUCACCUGAAGAAGACUCCCAGCUGAAGCUGGAAGUGAGAAGUUUCAAGGAGGAAAGAAUACAGAUCAUGGAUAAAAUAGAAGAACUCGAGCUGAAGAUCAAAGACCUGGACAACCAGAUGGAGGAGUCCAACAGAGAGUUGGAAGUGGAACGUGCUCUACUGAAGGGUGAGCAAGAUUCAGAGACCGCUCAACUACAGCAGGAGAAAGACAUUUUGGACCAACUUAAAGACAAGAUGGCUGACAUAGAGAACAAGGCGCAGACCGAAAAACCUCAGAAAUCAGAGAUGCUAGAGGUGGAGACCAAGAGUUUUGAAGAUUUGGAGUUUCAGCAACUGGAGCGAGAAAGUCAUCAGGAUGUGGAAAAUGAGACUCAGAAUCAACAGAUUCUCAGGGAGAUCGCAGAAUACCAGCGGAGCACUGUUACACGAAAGGAGAAACUCCAGGCCCUGAAGAAACAGUACACCCAGAUUUCACAGCAAGCUCAAAGGGACAAGGAGAGCUUUGUAAAGGAAAAGAAUAAUCUUCAGAUGAUGCUGCAGCGGGAAAAGGACAGUCUUGACAACUUGGGGAAGAAAUAUUCCAAGCUCACUGGUGUGCUGGGUUUCCCUGUCAGUCCCAUCAGUAUGAAGGAGCAUUUCCGCACCCUGGAGGAAAGGAAGCGGUACAUUAAAGAGGGCGGAGCUCAUUUGAGUGGCACUCUUCCUCGGAAGAAGACCCAGCCCACUGUAACCCCUCAGUUUAACUGUGUCACCCUGGGACGUAAUAUACUCUCGAAUUCUCAUCCACCUUUAGCUCAAAGCUCCAGCUGCGGGAGCAUGUUGAACCAAGCCCUCGCCAUCACCCCUAAAGACACACACAUGAAAACACACCGCCUGCACAAGGGGCACAGUCAGCAGCACAUUGGCGAGGAGCACCAAACAAGAUUAAGUGAUCUUCGCGGCCGGGCAUCGUCGCAGACCAAUGUCUAUCUUAACUCCUUCGGUUAUCAAGAUAAUGGAUGUCCCUUCGACACACUGAGUGUGGACAGCUCGGACAGUAUGGAGACGAGCAUAUCUGCCUGCUCGCCCGACAAUGUCUUCAGUGCCACCACAUCCACUGUUUCGAAGAUCGAGGAGAUGGAACGUCUUCUCCGGGAAGCUCAGAUGGAGAAGCACCAGCUCCUAGAAUACAGGGAGAGAGAGAUGGAGAGCAAGAGCAGGGCUCUUGAAGAGGAGAGGAGAAGACGAGAAGAGCUGGAAAAGCGAUUGCAAGAAGAGGCCGGCAGGAGGCAGAAACUCAUCGAGAGAGAGGUGAAACUUCGUGAGAAACAGCGAGCACAGUCUCGUCCCCUGACACGCUACCUACCUGUAAGAAAGGAUGACUUUGACCUUCGAGGCCAUAUCGAAUCGGCCGGACACAACACCGAAAUCUGUUACCAUGUUUCCAUCACAGAGAAAACCUGCAAGGGCUUCCUCAUAAAGAUGGGCGGCAAAAUCAAAACCUGGAAGAAGCGCUGGUUUGUUUUUGACCGGAACCGCAGGACAUUGUCCUACUAUGCAGAUAAACAUGAGGCCAAACUGAAAGGAGCGGUUUAUUUCCAGGCCAUAGAGGAAGUGUAUUAUGACCACUUAAAGAGUGCCCACAAGAGUCCGAACUCUUCAUUAACUUUCAGUGUGAAGACUCAUGAUCGGGUGUACUACAUGGUGGCGCCCUCUCCAGAGGCAAUGAGAAUCUGGAUGGACGUUAUCGUUACAGGGGCGGAGGGAUACACUCAAUUCAUGAUUUAGAUCAGGGGUUCUCAACCUUUUGCAAGCUGGGCCCCCCAAAGCUGGUUCAUUGCAGUUGGGGCCCCAGUGCCCCCCACCCCGUGCAUUUUAUUGUUGUUGUUAUUAUUAUUAUUAUUAUUAUUAUUAUAAUUGGCAGUAGCACCAGACUUCUAAAGUGAGCUUGCAGGCAUUAUUAUUAUUAUGAGUAGUAGUAGGCCUAUUAUUAUUACUAGGCUGUUGCUAUAUAAUUAUAUGAGGUUACAUGCUUUAUUGUUGUUAUUAUUAUUAUUAUUAUUAUUAUUAUUAUAAUUGGCAGUAGCACCAGACUUCUAAUGUGAGCUUGCAGGCAUUAUUAUUAUUAUUAUUAUUAUGAGUAGUAGUAGGCCUAUCAUCAUUACUACGCUAUUGCUAUAUAAUUAUAUUAUAUAGCAAUAUAAGGUUACAUGCUUUAUUGUUGUUAUUAUUAUUAUUAUUAUCAUCAUCAGUAGGCCUAUUAUCAUUACUAGGCUAUUGCUAUAAUUGGGAAUUGGCACCAGACCUCUGAUAUUAAUUUAUGCUUUAUUAUUGUUAUUAUUACUAGGCCUAAUAGUAGGCAUCAUCUGCAUUUUUUACAGAAGCUUGCUGGUAGGUGAUGUUAAUGUGAGACCUGAGCCUGCUUUGCCUUGCAAAGAUCCUCAAUUCUUGGCUCAAUGUUUGAUAAACAUAGCCUCAGAUCAUCCUCGAUUUGUGCACGAUUGCGGUAUUUCGUUUUGAGUGCAGUCAUUUUUGAGAAUCCUGCCUCACACAAAUAUGUCGACGCGAAAGGAAGGAGAAUCUUCAAGGCGACGUUACAGAGUUCAGGCUAUUCCUGCAUCAAUGCUGCCCAGAAUGACGAAAGAGGGCAGGAGCUAAAGAGUUCCUUCAGUCUACUGUCACUCUUCAGCUCAAUAAGCUGUUCCUGCAUAUCAACUGAUAGCUCAUUUGCUGUGCACACAAACGGAUCUCGAACCCACGCAAAAGAGCGAUAAUCCUCUUUAAAGUACGUCGCAAAUUGUUUUCUCAUUGCUGACAGGUGCUCAGACGCUGAUUGAAAUAGGGAGGAGAAAUCGUGUGACGUGCCUGCAUCAGUGAUAAAGUCUGCAAGGCUGGGGAACAUGGCGCAGUUCCCUCGACUGAUGCGGCCAUGCCAGAGGUCUAGUUUUUGUGUGAAGGCGUGCACUUUGUCUGCAAGGAGCAAAACAUGAGUUUCGCGGCCUUGCAAAGACAGGUUGAUAUCAAACAAAUGAGCGCCGUUUUCUAAAGUCUAUGAGUGCAGCACACACAAAUAAACUAAAUUGACAUACUGCAGUUAAAUUUCAAAAUGUGGUGUUUUUAUAUUUAUAACAUUUGAAUACCGUUCAGCAACAUACAUCACACGACCUGACGACCAAGAGAGCUGACAAUUGACCAUCACUUAAUUUACCAUCACCUCACGAUGACAGUUCAACAAACAAGUUAAUAAUAUUAAGUCACUAUAAUAUUAAGACGAAAUAAUGACUGUUUUGGUCUAUUUUAGCAGCGAAAAUAGAUCCGAUGAAUCCAAACAAAGAUCACAGCAUAGCCAUAGCGCAUCUCACAGCAAUACUCAAUCGUGUUUUGAAUGAUUCAGUGUUGUGAAUGAAUCGGUUGAGUCAAAGAUUCAAUGACCCAUUCACAAACAUCUGUCUCAUUCUUGAUGAAUCGGCCGUUUGAACGAAUCGUUUGAAUGAACGACUCAAUGACUCGCGUAAUGAAACCGCUUAUCACCUGCAUUUGCGCUCACUAUCGACAAACCAAUCAAAUUUGUUCAAAGCUUUUUUUUUUAAAUCAGUCCAAACACAUUUUAAUUUUUAUUCAGGAGUUAUGUAUAUACAAAACUAUAACUUUUUAUGACAGUAAAAAUAAAUUUUUUAUCACAGUAGUGAUAAAAAAAAUGUGCCCAAACAUUUUUUUUUCCAGUUUUUUUUCCCUUCCGGGGGCGUGCCCCACCGGUUGAGAACCAGAGAUUUAGAUGAUGUCCACCAGCUGGGGAGGAGGAAUGUGUGUGGAAUGAAAACCACCGGACUUGCUCUGCACUCUUUCACAGGCUGGUUUUAAUACUGCCCCCUAACGCUAGUUUUAUUUUCUUAUAAUAAACAUUUAUGAACUGCUUUUGAUCCAGUCUCAAUCCACAAUAUUGAAACUUUACCCUUUGUACCUUUUUAUAACAUUUACUCGGCAGCCCAGAGAAUGGAGCACAUAUCCCGUAAUUUCAAAUGUUAGAUGUGUGCAUGUGUUUGUGCAUGUGUAUUUGGUAUUUCUUGUGUGUGUGUGUGUGUGUGUGUGUGUGUGUGUGUGUGUGUGUGUGUGUGUGUGUGUGUGUGUGUGUGUGUGUAAAGAGUUGGACGUGUUAAAUGAUAUUCAGUGCCAUGGUGCCACGCUGUGUGUGGUCUGUUUGCUACUAUCUGUACAGGACCUCAGGGACACACAUUAUAUUCCUAAACAGCUGUCAGCUGUUUCUGCCAAAGAUAUGAACACACAUUGUAAAGUUUAUGUAUAGGUGUGUGUGGUUUAUGAGGAAAUUGUUUUAGGUUACAGACUGAUAAUUACAAGGGUAUUAUUCUAUAAAUGUGGUUUAUGAGGACAUUUCUAGUGUCAACAUUAUUGAAAUUGCUUAAACAUAUUUAACAAUGUUUUUAUGAAAAUGUAAAUACGGUAAAUAUAGUUCAUACAGUAUAAAAAUCAUUAUGUCUAUAGAGAGUCCUCGUGCGUGCGCGCGUGCGCGCGCGUGCAUGUUUGUUUGUUUGUGAUAUAUUGCUGUCCAUCUGCUACAGUGCAGGGAAUUCCCAAAAAAAAAAAUUUACCUGGUCAAGGCCUAUGAUACCAGUAGGUAUCAGUAGGCCUGGACUCUGGUUGUUCUUCGUGCUUUCAGAGUCCCUGACCCUCUGCUCAUGAUCAUUAAGGACCUUCAUGAUGGUGAGCGGGCCCGGGUAAAACUACGUGGUUGGGAGUCAGAGCCAUUCCCUGUACACCUUGGUGUGCGACAGGGAUUUCCCCUUGCUCCCACAUUAUUAAACAUCUAUUUGGACCACGUAGUUCAUGAAGCUUUCAAUAGCUGUACCAGAGGAAUUUCCAUCUCGUACACAUACAAUAGGAGGCUGAUUUAAUGCCCGGGUGCGGUCAAGGGAUGGCUCCCUAUUGCUCAACCAUGUUAUGUAUGCCGAUGAUCUGGUAAUUGCUGCUCACUCAGAGGAGGAGUUGGAAGAGCUGCUUCUGAACCUGGAGCUUGCCACUAAGAAGGUGACACUACCAAAUGGUGAUCGAGCAGUUGUGUAGAGAGUGGAGUGUUUCCUGUACCUGGGCAGUGUGCUCACGACUGGCUCCAGUUUAGCAGCGGCAUUAUCUUUUCAUCGGUUGCAUAACGCUGCGUGGAAGCUACCUGGACUGUCGCUCCACACGAAGCUUCAGGUCUUCUCGGCCCCAGUCAUUCCCUCCCUUCUCUAUGCUUGCUGAAGGUGGACUCCGUUAAUGGAACAUCUUUGCCGGUGAGAAACAUUUAGGAUGGCCUGCCUAUGAUCCAUCCUGGGUUUAACUAGGCUGGAUUGUGUGAGGAGCUCAUAAAUCCUUGAAAGAUCUGGACAAAGUCCUAUCGGUGAACUCCUCUGGCAGGCAAGGCUGCGUUGGCUGGGCCAUGUAGCCUGCAUGCCCAGCCACCUCAUGCCUAAACAGCUUUUGUUUGAGGGGGCUAAACAGGCGCAGUACGGGCUAGAGAGGAGAUGGAGGGAUGUGGUACAGGAGGAUGUGGAGCUGAGUGGACUUGCCGCUGACUGGUUCCAGCGGUGUCAAGAUCGGCCUCUGUGGAGGAGGCUCGUGAAGGACGCUACUUCAGAGGCAGUCGCCCUCCAACAACAAUGGAGGGCGGAGGAGCGACGCUCACAACAACGAGCGGAGCGCCGGAUGGCUAAAGCACAACAAGUUAGCACAGUAGGAGGCAUAGGUGGUCCAUCAGCCAGUCCUCCCAGUCAGUCGGCCCGUGGCAUCUGGGUCUGCCCCAUGACCUCCGGGUCUGCCCUAUGACCUCCUGCCAGUGGGCUUUCGACACUUCACGUGGCCUUAAGGUGCAUAUAGCCUGGCACAAGGCUAUGUCACCACCAUGGCAAAUGGUGUGUGUGUGUGUGUGUGUGUGUGUGUGAGAAUGUGUUACAGUGCCUUCAGUUAUACUGAUAUGCCUUCAUAACUCAAUAUUACACACUAAUCAAAAGGUACUAAGAGACAAACUUGCGUUUUUAUUUCUUUAAAUUGUUGUUAAAAAAUUUCGAACACUACAGUUACACAUUUUAACAAUUUUUAACCUGCUUGCAGUUCAGAUAUUACGCAGACUCCAAAGGAUAAAUGCAACUUCUGGUUGUUCACAUUGAAUUAUGGCACACAGAAACAAGGUUUUUGAUAUAUUUUAUAAUUCUUAAUAUGUAAAAUGUGAAUUUUACAGUACAUGGGCUGUAUUCAAUGCUUUUUGUCCCAUUUUCUGGCUAUGAUUACGCAAAUACAGUCUGUGGAAAAGGCACGUAGUGCCACACAUGACAGAAGCCAUCAGAAAACCAAAAACACCUUCUGGUUAACUGAUGAUUCUUCUGAUUAAAAGGGAUAGUACAUCCCCCAAAAUGUCAUCAUUUACUCAACCUCAUGUUGUUAAAACCCAUUUGACUUUAUUCUGUUGAGCAUAAAAUUAGAUUAGUAUGUAGAAAGACAGUCACCGUUCACUUUCAUUGUAUGGAGAAAUUUUUUUUUAAUGCAAGUCAAUGGCAACUGAGACUAACAUACUGCUUAACAUCUUUUGUGAUUUACAGAAGAUUAGAAGUCAUAUGGGUUGGACCAACAUGAGGAUGAGUAAAUUAAUUUAUGGAUGAACUAUCCCUUUAACUUCUGAUUAAGCCACUAUUACUACAUGUCCUUAAUGUCUUUUAUAGAUUGUAUAUAGAUUUGUAAGUACAAGUCCAAUUCGUCUGAAUUCUAAACCAGUUUCAAUACCACCAGUAGGGGGAGACAGCCAUCGGAUAUAUUUGUAUUAACUGUUAGGCUUGCGUCUGAAUUAGUCUGCAGUCUGUUUUUGCUGAGCUGAUUUGAAUUUCCUGUUAAUACUCUUUUGUGACAAAUAUAUAUAUAUAUAUGUGUGUAUAUGUUUACCACGCAUGCACAUUUAUUUUUGCAUACAGCUAAAUAAAGCAAAUACAUUUUUUAUUGUGAUCUAUUUAUUCUUAAUCAUCAAAUAGAUGUUAUUACAGAUUCAGUCAACCUCAGCUGUGGUUCCCUUACGACAAAGUACACUAGACCUUGUGUUUAUUAACUGGACUUGAUUUGAGUUAUAACAUGGUGAAGAGUACAUUUGUCUGGUUGUUUAAAAGAUUAUGGUAGAUUUUGAAUGUUUUGCCAAGUCUGUUUACUUUAAACUCUCUUCUCUCACAUUAAACUCUUGAUUAAUGGCAGAUGGAAUAUUUACACAUGCAUUAUCAUUUAAACUUCCCCCAAACACACAAUUUGCAUGCAUGUGUAUGUGUUUCCAGGCAUGCUCUAAUUUUUGCAUGCAUAGCAUUGUUAGGAUGAAAAUGUUCGCCUUAGGUUGUUUCAUUUCAUGCAUUCUGUGAUGUUCUGUUUACGGUUUUUAUUUGUGGGAAUACUGUUCUUUACUUGUCCUUCCUUUCUGGGUAGACUGUGUGCAAAGGAUACUUUGGUGAGGUGCAAACUCAAGCAACGUAAACAAUUUGUCAGUUUCCUCUAUGUGGCCAAUGUUUUCCAAAUAAAACACCAAACACCCUU